CGGCCAUUUAAAACAUCCUCCAUUGGUCUGAGUUGUGCACACACACAAUAAAAAAAAAAAAAAAGGGGGGGGGGGAGUAAAAAUAACCGGACAGUCAAAAAAAAAAAAAGUUGUCCUUCUUUCUUCUCUAAUGUCAUGCUUCCACAUUCUGACGAAAAAGCCAAAGAGUCUCUUAUAAACAAAAGGUCAUUUUCCUUGAUAAAUAAGCGACAUGAGCGUAGUCAGUCUUCCUCUAGUGCUUUGGCACCAACACAACAACCAUCUACGUUUAAUUUAGAAAACAAGAGAGGUUGGUUGGAAUCCACGCCUGUACAAGUCACACCGUCUCGUUCUUUAGAUAACAGAAGGUCUUACAACGUCACAAAGUCCUCGACAACAAAUCACCACCACCACCACCACCAACAACAACAACAACAGCAACAGCAGCAACAUACUCAUAGAAAACCAACCAAAGACAUAGAUUUAUUGGGUGCAGUGUCUGAUGAAGACAUAUUCAAGCUUACAGAACUAACCAGCCGAUUACCCGAAGUGAAUACAAACAAACAUCACACUCGCAAACGCUCAGAUCAUGACGAGAAUAUCACAAGAAAAAGAAUGCAAUCAGAAGAUGACCCAGUGACACCCGAAAAGAAGAUCACCAGUCCAGCAACGAGUUCUUCAGAAAUGAAUGAAAGUAAACGCCGUUCCUGGCUUUACAAAUCCUUGAUCAAACCCAUCAAAAAGAACACGACCAAACGAGAGGAUAACCAAAACGUCAUGUCCGCUUCGGCUUCCAUUGCUGAAGACUUUUACAAUAAUAACCCUUUACCCAUCAACAAUUUUGGAGGCCGUUCUGGACAGCUUAAAAGUGCCACAGGAGGUGGUGGUGGUGGAGGAGAACCUUCCACCGCCAAUAACAGAAGAGAUUCCUUUGAUAGUUUUCAAUCUUCGUUUUUAGAUGAAUCCGAUACCGUAUCCAAAGAAGACGAAGAGUUGAUUGAGAACAAGGAAUUCGUUGAUUAUCAUGAUGCCGUGCUUGAUCGAUGGGAACAUGAUCAUCAGCGUGCAGGUGUGGAUCCUACGCAUGAAGAACGACCUAAUCUCCAAUCGGCAGAAAACAACGAACCCAUUGCAAAAAACGAACCAGAACCUGCUGUUGAAGAAGAGGAUGUUUUACUCGAGUUAAAAAAGAAUAGUUCACCUGCUGUCAAUAUAGACACUCUACAAGAAGCAGAAGAAACAUUUUUGUUUGAUUACGAAUCCAUUCCUUCCGAAGUACAAAAGUUAAUUGACAAGUAUGGAGAUUUAGGAAAAGCUGAAAUCAAGGAAUUAACUGUAAAGCAUAAACACGGGGAGAGUGACGAUGAUGAUGAUGAUGAUGAAGAAGAGGAGGGGGAGGAGGAAGAAGGAGAGGAGACGGUGGAUGAGAUAGAUAUCAUUACGGGGAAUCAUACAGCCACCGAGAAAGGUCGGAGACAUAUUGCCAUCGUUACAACUGCACGGUCUGAUAAUAUCGAAUUUACCAAAUUGGUGCCGGUAGUGAUGGAAGGGUCCGCCCAUGAGGGUCCCUUUGUGGAUUUGCAUGUGUCAUUGUUUGGUGAGGAAAAUAGUGAUGAUGUCAAUGCAGAAGAAUUUCAAGAUACCAUUCAAUCUAUCGAGCAAAACCUCGAACGAUUUCAAUCUUUUAAGAGGAAUGCCGACUCUUUUUUAGUGGAUCAUUUAGAGACGAUGCAAUCAUUGAAUCUAUACUCUCACGCUGAUCUUCCUCGUAAUUCCUCCUUUCCCAGUCUACAGUCUGCAGCCAUCCUGACAGAAGAGCCCGAACCCAUGACACCUUCUUCUUCUUCAUCCUUGACACGUCGAACGACAUAUGAAAUCCGUAAAGAAAAAUACAGUCGGAAUGCACGAUCCAUGUAUUCCAGUUCCAGCGAAUAUCCGUUCGAUUGUCGACAAAAGGAAAUCAUGAGCCUUGUCAACAGUCUACAGAAUGAAUUGAAUAGAUUUAAACAGUCGUUGGAAAAGACUGAACAUUUUGUGAAUCAUGUACAACUGGAUAUGGAUGAUACCCGUCUUAGAAUGGAAACCUAUAUUAAAGACAUUCCUGAAACUCAUUAUUCUUCUCUCAAAAAGCUGGAAGUAGAUAUUGAAUCCAUUUUAACUAACCGUGCAAAGAAUCCAUGGCUGGAUAGAGGGUAUGCGCUGCUCUCGUAUUUCCUUACACUUUUUGCGCUUGGUGUUUGGAUCGUAAUUUAUAUCUUGAAACUAGCAAGCAUGAUGUCGGUAGCAGCAGGAGCAACCUCAGCGGACGAUUCUAUCUUUCAGAGAUCUCAUCGACACACACAACAAAAUAAUAUAUAGACAUUUUUUUUAUUUUUUUAUUUUACCACUUAAUUAUAU